GAAACCCUUCAGACGUUGAUGCAUCAGGUAAAUUUUAUGGGAAACGACUGCGCUUACCAUACAAAGAGGAUGCGACUUCUUCGGGCGAUAAACAUGAUAGCAUUUUAGAUUCAGAUUUAAUUCCCCCUGCGAGAGCCAAGAAGAUUAGUAUUAAAUACUUGCAAAUAAUCCCGAAAAAAAUGCUUUCUCGCCUUUUCUUACAUUUCGAAUGUAUACAGUUCAAACCCGAUAAAGAAAACGUGAAUGUCGAGGGAGUUGACAACGAUACUAACAAUCUACAAAUGACUUCAUUGGCAUAUCAACAAUUCACGGCUACAUAUCAAAAAAUUCCACAAGAAAAUAAAUGGACCUUGUCAACCGGAAAAAUCGUUGAAGAUGCACUAUAUGCAUUUGGAAUAAAAUGUUCACACGAACAGCGAGUAUUUACUCAAUUGAAAGAAAUUAAAAAUUUCGACAAGAAAGAAUUACCAUUAAUGCCGGAUGAUCUUUUGAAGUAUCUUAAUAGCUUCCGAAAGUCCAAGACUUCCGACUUGCGCGAAUUAAUCUUUCAUCCUGGUUUACAUAAUCAACCAUUCGACCGAUCAAAAAAUUUUGAUUAUGAUUGGAUACGAAAUACUAUAUAUAAUCUCGUGCUCGAGUAUGAAGCGAAUCAUCUCACAAAGGAUCAUCUUGAAACAUUUAUCGAUAAAGCCUUCUUAGAAAUAGAUGGCAUGGAAAUUACUAGAGGUGAAUCAUGUAGUUAUGCGUCAUCAAAUCGAAAAAAUUCACAACGGGUAGUUGCAUCAACGAGUCCAAUUAAAAGAAAGGCAAUGGGUCGGCGUGGAGAUCUAAUAAUUCGAAAAUGGCAUUCGGAAUACGGGUGUAGUGAAGCUGGAAAAAUCUUCGAUGGCAAAAAUGGUACAAAGAUCAUUAAAGAAGGAGGUUUGAAAAUGCCAAAAAUGCUUCGAGACAUGUUCAACGAUCUUUGUGAGGCUACUGAAAUGCGGGAGUGUAAAAUUAGAAAAUUGGAAACAGUCGGGUUUAUCAUCGCGGGUUUGAGGAUAUCACUGAUAAGGUGCAAAAGUCCUUCCAACAAUAAGCAAGCAAAGAAAAUAGUGAAAAAUGUAAUCAAAUUAAUGGAGGAAGAAGAUUUGUCGGAAGUACAACAGCUCGAAACAUUACAGAACUGUGAUUACGAAAGUGGUUUAAGUACACCACCGCCUAG